AUGCCCGCUGAGACGCGCCGAACGCGUAAGGCAUCAGGAGACGACGAGCUCGAGCUCAAGCGUGCGCGCGGCGAGAUUUCCUGUGCAGAGUGUAGGCGUCUGAAGCUCAAGUGCGACAAGAAACUCCCAUGUGGUUCAUGUGUCCGCAGAGGUUGCACCACCAUUUGUCCAAACGGCAGUCUGUCUGCAGGACAAGGUACCAGGUUCGUACUCGCGGACACCGAGCAACUGCACCGCAAGAUCGCGGAAAUGAGCGAACGAAUACGGCAGCUGGAAGAUGCACUUGCCAUAUUCCAGGCAGGCGUCUCGAAUGAGAGGCACCCUCUACUUCGAGAUGAGCUGCUCACCGUUAAGUUUGGACCUGAGGUUCGCCGCACCGUGGACGAAGAAAACUCUCGAGACCAGCUCUCGCAUUCGAUCGAUGCGCUUGGGACGCUCACUAUUGGCGAUCAUGGCGAGACUAAGUACUUUGGUCGUUCGGGGGGUUCCGAGAUGCUCUUGACUGGAAGUCCUAUUGAGACCGAUGCUAACGACUCACCAUCGGUGUCGCUCGAGGUUGCCAACUUGUCUGCAUCCUUCCCUUUCUCCGUUGUGGAGAAUGGCAUUGAUGCAUUCCUGGACAAACUCGAGUCUUUCCUGCCCCCUCAGCCUCGUGCAUGGGCGCUGUGCGAGGCUUAUCUCGAACAUCUGGGGUGGUGGUUUAGACCCAUUAAACGGGACGAGAUGGUCGAAGACAUCCUCACACCGGUCUAUAACUAUCUCAAGAACCCCGCAAAGUCAAAGCGGACAUACCAUCCCUCUCAUGAGGAACGAUGCCCGCACCUUCUGGCCACGCUAUUUAUGAUAUUGGCAGUUGGCGCCCUCCUAGAUUUGACCCUACCUCCGUGCAGCGCGGAGGCUGAGAAAUAUCAUCUUCUGGGACGCGCAGCCCUAUCUGCUCGUUCGGUGUUCGAUUCCCCAGCCAUUGAAGCUGUUCAAGCUGUCGCACUUAUGUCGGCAUAUCAUGGCGUGUGUUCCUCUCGCUACACUAUCGAGAGUGCCUGGUCCUUGAUCUCAUUGGCGAGUAGACUUUCCCAAAGUAUCGGACUACAUCGCGACAGCAAGCAAUGGAAAUUAGACGACAAACACGCUCAACGACGCAGAAAUCUUUUUUGGGAGAUUUUCUUCUUAGAGAUCGUUCACUGUCUUUCUCUGGGACGCCCCCCUACGCAGGUACUAGCUCACAUUGAUUGUGAGCUUCCGGCUGACGACGAGCAAUUCGUGGCCGAGGAUGGCGAGGUGUAUCUAGGAUAUUGGCAGCACAAGUUUGCCUUCUGUCGCGACAUCUACGCGGAGGUGGUGGACGUCACGUCUUCCACGAAGUCUCCCGCUUAUGCGAAGGUCCUGGAUAUUGACCGCCGAGUUCGACAGAUGACACCACCGCCUAUCAGAUUAUAUCUCCGGCCGGACGAGGAUGACUACUCGAACCCGGCACUUUGCAUGAAGAGCUACGUCCUUUCCCAUCAUCGGUCCAUUGUGAUGAUCCACAUUCACAGAACCUUCUUCGCCCAGGCACUCCUGGAUUAUCCAAAGAACCCUCUAUCCAGCCCAUUCGCGCCUUCAUUCCUCGCGGCGAACCGCUGCGCAUCCAUCUUGCUCAGAUCAUUCGUCCACCAUCACGAGCGAUGCAGUGACUUAUGCAGUCGCUCCUGGGUCAUGUGGAGUCACGCAUUUUCGUCCAUCAUGAUACUAGGCACUACGGUGAUCCGGCUCCCGAACGCGAUAAUGGCACCUAGUGCGUUAAUGGAAAUCGACGUUGCGGUUGAUGUUUUCAAGAACUGUGCAAACAAGUCCGUUCGUGCACGGCAGGCUUUGCCAUUGUUACUCAGGUUGAAAGAAAAGGCUGCACUUGCGUACUCGGAGUUCCGCAACAGGAACGCAAGUCCUACAAAGGGUAUUCAGCUACAUAUUUCGCCCGAAGACCAACUUGAGGAUGAGCUCGCCAUUUUUGGAGGCCAAACCCGAGUGUUGCCUACUAAGAAGAUCAAGAAGCGACCGAAAUCGCAGGUUGCGCCCGGUGCAGCGAUUCCAGCGGUUCCAGCUCCUGCAUCCACUCCGAGCGACAUCGUCUCCUCACCGCGGUCUCUAUCAGACGACUUCACCGACCUCCAUCCGUCGUUAAUGGAGUACCUCUCUCAGCUCCCGUCCUCCGGAUCUUAUACAGUUGUGGACCAACCGCAGCAUGUGGCAGACCCGUCGUCGUCGACUGUGACACCCCGCCGUACCGUGCGACACGAUGGACUUCGUGAACAACAUGCUGUCCGACCCUUACUUCUCUGA